CUGAAGACAAAAUGAUGGCCACAAUGACCACAACCGCCAUUUGGCCACUCAUUGUCUUAGUGGUGUCACUGGUGACGACGGCAUCAGCGCAGGUGUCCAUAGAUCCGUACGAAGUGCGUAACCUUGCCCUCCGGUUCGGGAAAGACAUCUACGAGGGGUCGGCGGAGUCGACGUGUGUCCGCAAAAUCACGUCCAACUUCGAGGACAUGAAGGCGCGAGUGGUUUGGUUUGACUCGAAUAAGAUGAUGGAAGACAUGAGGAAUGAUGUGAUGAAUACCUUGAACUGGAAGAAGCACGCCGUCGAGCGCAUCGCCAAUGAGAGCCAACGUCUGGCCGCUAACCACACUUUCGUGGACAAGAACCUGGACAUGGAUUACCUGAAUAUGAAGCGCCUGUACGACAAUCGCGAGGGAGAGACGCCGACCAACCAUAACGACGAUGGGGUCGAGUGGAAGACCAUUGAACUCAGUCCUCACCCCAACUUCGAGGGCGCGAACGUCAACCUCGAGAAGAGUGCGGUUCACGUGCCCAUCAAUGUCUACGAGAGGGCCGCAGACAUUGUCAAUGACAUAAAGUGGUCGGAAGCGUUGACUCCAUUCUUCAAGAACAACCUGGCCUUCGAUCCUGGCCUCAGUUGGCAGUUCUUCGGCUCCAGUCGAGGCUUCCUUAGACUAUAUCCA